CAAUGAUCUCCCACUCACCAACACCUUUCUCUUCUUUUCCCCGCUCUCAUAUAUGCAGUCACACGUUCCCUCUCUCCACCGUAACUCUCUCUUCUAGCUAUCCUCUAAUGGCGUUCCGACCCAAAGAUAAGCACUCUCUUCUCUUAUUCUCCUACUCCAAGGACAAGGCUUCUAAUUCCAUCCUUGUUAAAGCCAAGUACUUGCUCUACAUCUUCCUCUUCUUCUCCCUCUGGCUCUUCCUCCUCUUCCUCUGCUUCCCACCUUCCCCCGACCUCCCAACCCCCUCUGCCAUCGCCGGCGGUGCCGGUGGAGAAGAAGACGAUGUUCCCCGCCCGCCGGAGAAGUGCGACCCGGACAUCGCCCCCUUCUAUAUCUACGACCUCCCCACCCGCUUCAACCUCGCCCUCCUCCGCCGCUGCCGCUCCCUCAACAUUUACACCGACAUGUGCCCCCACGUCGCCCACCGCGGCCUCGGCCAGCCCGUCCCUCACCCUCUCUCCUCCUCCGGCGGCGCCGCCGACAGCCCCUCCUGGUACGCCACCCAUCAGUUCAUCGCCGAGAUGAUCUUCCACGCCCGAGCCGAGCGCCACCCCUGCCGCACCCUCGACCCCUCCUCCGCCCUCCUCUUCUACGUCCCCUUCUACGCCGGCCUCUACACUUCCUCUGUUUUCCGCGUAUCUGAUCAUGCUCUCCGCGACGCCCUCGCCGUCGAUUUGGUCGCCCACAUCUCCUCCCACGCCGCCUUCCGCCGCCGCCGCGGCCGCGACCACUUCCUCGCCAUCGGCCGCACCGCUUGGGACCUCAUGCGCUCCGACGCAGCCUCCUCGCCGGACUUCGGCGCCAACCGCCUCCUCCUUCUCCCCGAAGUCCUCAACAUGUCCAUCCUCACCGUGGAACGCCACCCCUGGAAGGGCGACAACCAAUUCGGCAUCCCCUACCCCUCCUACUUCCACCCCUUCUCCGCCGCCGAGGUGGCCGCGUGGCAGGCCGAGGUCCGGCGGUCCAAAAGGAGCCACCUUUUUAUGUUCGUCGGUGGGCCGAGAAACGCCACCGACAAGGCCGCCGUCCGAGCGGAGAUCCUCCGCCAGUGUGGUGCCUCGGACCGAUGCCUCCGGGUCGAGUGCAAACCGGGCUCGCCCAAGUGCCACGAUCCGGAACGGGUUCUCGCGGUGAUGAAGCAGGCCGAGUUUUGCCUCCAGCCGCCUGGCGACUCGUUCACGCGGCGGUCCGUGUUCGACUCGGUUCUGGCAGGGUGCGUGCCGGUUUUCUUCUCGGAGCACACGGCGUACACGCAGUACCGGUGGUACCUGCCGGGCCGGGCCGAGGACUGGUCUGUUCUCCUGGGACCCGACCGGUCGAGCCGGAUCGAGGAGGAGUUGAGCCGGAUCCCGAAAGAAGAGGUGGAGAGGAUGAGGGAGACGGUGAUCGAGAUGAUCCCCAAGGUGACGUACGCGCACCCGAACGCGAGCCGGUCCGCUCUCGGGUUCAGGGACGCGGUCGACGUGGCUCUGGUCGAGCUCACCAAGCACGUGCGGUCCACGCUCCACGAGGCGUAGAAGUAGUGCGGACGGGGACAGGUGGAGGGAGCUCAUGCAUUAUGGUCAGCACGCAAGGGACCCACUAGAGUAAUUAUUUUAUUUGUCUGUAAUUAUAAGAAUAAUGUGGGGUCCGUUAGAAACAUUCAUUGUACUUAUCAUAUGUUAUAUUAUGUUAAGGUAUAAAUUAUUUUUUGAAGGGUAAUUCCUUGCAAGGAUGAUGGAAGGAA